UUUGGUUGCAUUAAGGUGAGUUUUAAAUUGAAAAUAAUUUUUUUAUUUAAAUAUAAUUUGAAGCAAACUAUUUAUACAAUCGCUUCAUUUGGCCACAAAAUAUGUCACAAAACAUUAGAUCAAUGAAGACAUCACUCGAAGCCACAGAUGACGGCAAUGAAGACAACAAACAACAGCCAAAACUCUAUGCGAAGGACUCAAUGGAUCGAUUCGGUGACGACUUAUUUGGAUUAAUAUUAUCCUAUCUCUUACUCGAAGAUCGGUUCCGAUUGGAAUGUGUGUCCAAACAGUUCCAGAGGACAGUCUUCGAGAGUGUUGUCGACAUGAAGAUUGACGACAGACUU